AUGGCCAAGCAGCCCCCCGAGGUGAAGGCGCGACGCGACGGCGAGGGCGGGCGGCUGCCGGCGGCGGAGGGGCCGGGCCCGGGCGCGCAGCUGCGUCCCGGCGCUCCCGCCGCCCUGCCUGGGGCCGGCCCGGUGUCCGCGGGCGCCGCGGCGCGGGGCCCGCCCGCCAGCCCCGGCCCCUUCGCCACCCGCUCGCCGCUCUUCAUCUUCGUGCGGAGGUCGCCGCUUCUGCCGCGCUCCUCCAGCGGGUACUUCUCCUUCGACGCCGAGCGCAGCCCCACGCCCCUGGGCUGCGACAAGGCCACGCAGACCCCCAGCCCGCCCUGCCAGGCGCUCAGCCACUGCCUCAGCGCCAUGGCUUCCCGAUGGCAGUCCCACUCUCCGGCUGAAGAGGUGCAGCCGGAAAUCUGGAUUGCGCAAGAGCUGCGGCGCAUUGGGGACGAGUUCAAUGCCUCCUAUUGUCCACGCAGGGGCUUCUUGGAUCACCAGGUGGGAAAUCCCCAGGUCGUGAUCUUACGCCUGCUGCGCCUGCUGCAUUCCAUCAUUCGCCUCAUCUGGAGGCUCCACUGA